AUUAAUGAUUUAUUUUAUUAAAGUUUUCCUUACACAUGUUAUUCAACCAUUCAGUUAGUGGUAUUUUCCAUGCUGAAGCCACGUCCCGGUGAGGUAGUCUACUACAAUAGCCUCCCAGAAGUUGAUUCCGGGUUAUUCCCUGAGUUGGAAUCAACUGUGGGGAGGUUGGGACUGUAGCAGAGGAAGUAGUAGUGCCUGAGAAGGAGGCAGAGAAGUUGGCAAAAGUUGCAAAGGAAGCCUCCAUGUUUUACGAGGAUGUCCCGAGGGUUGAGGAGGGCUAGGCAACCUUACUUUAGAAUCAGACUACGAUCAUGGCUCAGUUGGCGCAGUUGCUUUCAGUGGUCUCAGGUCGAUCCACCGACGUAAAAUCAUACACAGAGUUUGAUAUCUUGCCUGAAGACUACGAGCCCAGUGAUCAACCCUCCACUCCACAGGUCUAGACAUCUGUAGUUGCCAGUGAUGCUGACAGUCCCAGUGUACAAGUAUUGCAGCCUGAGGAGGCAGCUGGCCUUGAAGUUGUCAGGAAGAAACGCAAGCCCAAGCAUUUUGAUGACUUCACCGACCCAACAAAGAAGAUCAGACAAGAUAAACUGGGGCUAGUUGCUGAACCUUUGAGGAAGUGUGACCCACAACAAGAGAAGAGCUUCCAUAAGUGGAUCAUCAGGAAGAUCGACAACAAGAGAGACCAAAACAUCUAUACUGGGACGCACGGUGUGGCAUGGUUCUUGCAGUUGCACACAUUCCAGACUUGGCUUUGGGAUUCGCAUAUUGAUGCCACUUUGCACAUGCUACGUCGCUGACGCCACUUUUAUCAUGCUGCAUUUCGGCAGGAUGCUGCGAUCAUGAACACCACCUUCCCCCAGGUGUGCCUAGGUUGUUGGAAUCAUUUCAGAGAUACCGACACUAAGUAUACAUGGGACGACGAUGUGCUGAAAAUGUUGAAGGGCGAUGAUAAUCAACUCCUUGUAUCAUGGAAAAAUGUGAGUGAAGUAUAUUUUGCCUUGCACGUUGAGAAAGCCGCAUAUUGGAUUGCCAUUGAAGUCUCCAUUCCAAUGUGGUGCAUCAACAUUUAUGAUUCCAACCAUAGUGUGCUCAGUCCCACUCUGAUGGAGGAAGUGAUCAAGCCUUGGUGCUUAUUGUUGCCUUCGUUGUUAUGGUGUUCUAACAUGUUUGACGACCAUGAGGACCUCCAGGUAUCUCCUGAGCAGAACGCAAAUCCUUUUUCAUAUUGUCGCAUUCCUCCGGAGGAGUGUCCUCAGAUUAAGACAAGUGGGGAUUGUGUUAUGUUUGCCAUCAAACAUAUCGAGCAUUUGGUUGCCAGGCUACCACUCAAUACCGUUAUCAAUGAGAACAUCCAGCAUUUCAGGACAAAGUGGUGUGUGGACCUAUUCUAUCAGAAUUUUCCCCCGUGAUGCUCUUUACAUUUUCUUCAUACGCAUCUUGUAUAGUAUAGCAUAUAGUUAGUUUUGUAUAUUAUUUUUUA